UAGUAAGGGGGAAUAUCAGUCGUCCCUGUCCCCGCAGCUCCUGACAGCGCCGCUCGGGUUCUCUCUCCGCCCGACCGUGUCUGUGUUUUCACACCGGAGCUCCUCUUUUUCUUUUUUUUUUCUUUUUUUUUUUUUUUUUCCUUCGGGGUUUUCCAUCCAUACUGCCGUAGUUUGCGCGUGUGUGUGUGUUUUUUGUGUGUGUGUGUGUGUCUAACAUGCAGAAAAGAAGGAAGCCAGAGCCGAUCCAACUCAACCCGAUCCCGGAUGGAAACACUAUCAACGGCACCGGAGCCACGGAAACAAACUUGGAGGCACUGCAGAAGAAACUAGAGGAGCUUGAGUUGGAUGAGCAGCAGCGGAAACGCCUGGAGGCCUUUCUGACACAGAAGCAGAAGGUGGGAGAACUGAAGGACGAUGACUUUGAGAAGAUCUGUGAGCUGGGCGCAGGCAACGGAGGGGUUGUCUUCAAGGUCUCCCACCGACCCUCCGGUCUGAUUAUGGCGAGGAAGUUGAUCCACCUUGAGAUCAAACCAGCCAUCAGGAACCAGAUCAUUAGGGAGCUGCAGGUGCUACAUGAGUGUAACUCCCCCUACAUUGUGGGUUUCUAUGGAGCUUUCUACAGCGAUGGAGAAAUCAGCAUCUGCAUGGAGCACAUGGAUGGUGGCUCCCUGGACCAGUCGUUGAAGAAAGCAGGCAAGAUCCCAGAGCAGAUCCUUGGCAAAGUCAGCAUCGCUGUCAUUAAAGGGCUCUCCUACCUGAGGGAGAAACACAAGAUCAUGCACAGAGAUGUCAAGCCCUCCAACAUCCUAGUGAAUUCCCGCGGUGAGAUCAAGCUGUGCGACUUUGGAGUGAGCGGACAGCUCAUUGACUCCAUGGCUAACUCCUUUGUGGGCACUCGCUCUUACAUGUCUCCUGAGCGUUUACAGGGCACCCAUUACUCUGUUCAGUCGGACAUCUGGAGUAUGGGUCUGUCCCUGGUUGAAAUGGCCAUUGGACGCUUCCCUAUCCCACCGCCUGACGCUAAGGAACUGGAACAGAUUUUUGGCUUCACAGUGGAAGGGGAAGCAGCCUCCAGCGAGUCCUCCCCGAAGCCACGGCCUCCUGGGCGACCAGGCGGUGCAUACGGACCUGACAGCAGACCACCGAUGGCGAUAUUUGAGCUGCUUGAUUAUAUAGUGAAUGAGCCUCCACCAAAGCUGCCUGGGAUCUUUAGCUCUGAAUUUCAAGACUUUGUGAAUAAAUGUUUGAUUAAAAAUCCUGCAGAGAGGGCAGACCUGAAACAGUUGAUGGUGCAUCCUUUUAUCAAACAGUCUGAGGCGGAGCAGGUCGACUUUGCUGGCUGGUUGUGCAGCACUAUCGGACUCAAUAAGCCCGUGACACCCACCCACGGUACUGCAAUGUGAGACAUGUUCUGUCAGCAAACCCCAUAUGUCAAGGUCCUCUGACUGGAUUUGUAUUAUGGGUAAAAUGUAUCUGUUUAUACCGAGUACUCAUAUUUAGUGUACAAAACUCCAUGCCAAGUGAAAUUAACUGUAUCGAACAAUUCUCUGGGCUGUAUUGCAGGCCUGCCUAAAAAGCCAUCCUUUUUCUAAUGAUCAAAUUAUUUAAUCAUGACAGAUGCUGCUCAACCCGUGUGCUUGACAUUCCUCUUUACCCCCAUAUCCUUUCAGCGCCAACAGAUUUAAAUCUUUAUUAGCUUAUGUGAAGUUGUCUUGUGAAUUAAAAUUCUGAA